CGCGGGCGAACGGGUGCCGCAGUAUUGGGUGGGUCAGACAACGCAACGAUCACACGGUGCGGGGCCCACACGAGGCCAGGUCCCUGCAUAUGCACCCUGCUGACCCCCCCGAAAACGCACAUAUUCGAUACGCAUUUCGCGGUUUUAUUUUGCAUUCCGUGCGCUAAAAACGCGAUUGUUGGUAAAACCGAAGUGGAAAUGAGAUGCAGAAAUUAUGGGAACUUGAUGGAUAGAUAAGCACGCGAUUGUUCCUGGUGGCUUCAGGGCCUAACUUGGUACUGUCGCCAAAUUUUAAACAUCGGUUCCCAUCCUGAACAUGGAAGUGGCAAUGCCAAUGGCUGGCAGUGCCAUCGACUGCUACGAAGAUAUGUUUAAAGAAAUUACACGAAAAUUGUACGGCGAAGACGGCCUUCCCGAUUUAUCAUCGAACGAUCGAAUGGCUUCUACAAGUCAAGACCGGGGUUUGACUCCCAUCGACUACGACGUAGAUAAUCCGAUAUUAAAAUCGGAAGAACAUUUAACCGCGUUCGGAUUGGCAGCGCUGAUGCAAAACGGAUUUCCAACCACGGGCAUUUUAAAUUCCGGCUUUCCUACGCACAAAGCGGCCAUGGGAUUGAGUAUCAAUAAUCUAUCCACCGCAGAAGAUAAGUGGAUCCCAAAUGAAGACGUUCUGCAAUGGACUCAGUCAAAAAUCGCGACUUACAAUCCUUCGCAAAAACUAUUUAGAUGUGCCGAAUGUGAUUGCGUCGGAUAUCUUCUCAGAGUUGCCGAACAUUGGUUGGGCACGCAUUCGAACAUUCGGGCGUUUCAAUGUCCUCAGUGUUCGUACGAAAGUGCCUGGGCCCGUUGCGUUAGGAUACAUUUAAGCAGGCAGCACAACAUUAACGUCGACGAGUCAUGCGACGCCUUAACCAAGGAUAACCCCGUGUUGCAAGAAGUAAUAAAAUUCCUGCAACGAUUGAAAACUAAAGUCGAUAAUAAUUGCACGAAAUCGUCGAACCAAUCGGAGGAUUUUCACGGCUCGAAUUUGACGUCCGGUAACGCGAUGCACAACAGCUUGAGUCAAUCGUCAGCAAGUUCAAACGCGGAAAGCAAUAUGACGUCGACGAAAAGGUACAGCUGCACUUUUUGCCCCUACGCUACCGAUAGAAGAGAUUUAUUUACCAGACACGAAAAUAUCCACAGGGAAGAAAAACCUUUCCAGUGUUACGUGUGCCAGAAACAAUUCAACAGGGCCGAUCACGUGAAAAAGCAUUUUUUAAGGAUGCAUCGCGACCAUCCGUACGACUUGAACCGAAUAAGACGGCAUCCGCCGAAAAACGCGUCUGGAAUGUCUUAUUACCAGAAAUACAACGCGAACACCGUCGCGACCCAAUCCGAAUCGCUGAAUUCUUUAGCGUCCCUCGGGUCUUUAUCCAUACCCGGUUUAAACAGCAUGGCCAGAGCGGCGACUGCUCCGGGAAUUCGUCAACCGGACAUGAAGGUUUUAGGCAAAACGAACGCUUCCUCCAAAAGCAGUUCGAAGAAAAAGGGCGAGAAAAGAUUUACUUGUUGCUAUUGUUCUUGGUCCGGGGUGGAUAAUUGGUGCUUAAAAAGGCACAUGAAUACUCAUUUAAAGCCGUUCGUUUGCGGGCUAUGCGACUAUAAAGCGGCUAGGUCCGAAAGGCUUGCCACACACGUCCUAAAGGUCCACAAUAAGCGCGCAUGCGCCAAGUGUAGUUUCUUAGCCGACGAUAUGGCGCAAUUAACAGCACAUCAGCAGGAACAACACCCCAUGGAGCAGAGGCAUCGGGCUUCGUCUAGUGCGAGCAGUAACAUUCUGAGAAGCAAUCCUUUUACAAAUUCGGCACAUUCAGCUGCGACGGCGACCACUUCCGGAACAUCUAACAAUCCUGCGCUAUGCAGUCAGACCUCUAGUAUUCUAAAAAACACCGAUUUGACGGCGGCAGCGGCUCAAAUUCUGCAACACAAUCGGUUCCUCCAAUCCGAGGUGAAGUCGUGGAAGAACCAUAUGAACAAACCCCACGGUGCCGCUCGUCUCUUCAAUUACAUGGAAGCGAGCGAUGGGUCGGAUCCGGAAAGCGACCCACCUCCGAGAUCGAGCCCCGAAGACAUGUCCAACAGGGUGAAUUUGACACACAGAAUACAGUCGGAUUUUCUUGAGGCGGGAGGUGUGGAUAACCAGCCGGAAGCGGAUGAAGAAAACGGGGAGGAGACCGAACUCCCGUUAUUCGUCUGCCCGACGUGCGGAUGCGAAUUCGAAGAUGAUCUUUCUCUCGAAACUCAUCAAUACACGCAUCGCCACGUCGCCACAUCUCCCGCAAAAAACGACGACUCAAAGGAAAACGUUGAUCCUUCUUGUAAAUAUUCUUGUAAAUUGUGUGACGCCUCGUUUGAAAAUCAAAAUAGUAUUAUAGCACACUUGGUUGUACAUACCAGUUUAAACGUUAAGCCCGUACUAUCUCUGAAUCCGCCGAACAAAAGCAAACGGUGUCGCAAACAGAGCAAACCCAAGAAAGUGGUGGUGCCUUAUUGGGAUUCGGACGAAGUUGAAGUUUUGCGUCACCUCAACGGGAAACUUCGAAAAUGGAGGGGAUACCUGUCGUCCGACACAUCCGGCAGCGUUAAUAAACUAGUCGACAAAUAUAUGGCCCAAUUGGUGACCCGUAAAGGACUUACGUGUCACAUUUGUAAAAAUCCCGGGGUAAGUAGAUACCAUACCAAAGUGUCGUUGACGCUUCACCAUUACUGGAGGCAUUCGAGAAAGCGGUUUCGUUGCGAACAUUGCGACAUGACGUUUAGGCAUCGAUACCAGACGAUUCUUCACGCCAGUAGGGUUCAUACGGAACAACAAAAACCUGCAAACGCCACCCUAGCCUCGUCUAAAGAGACGGGUCACAUUUCUUCAGAGAACCCGCCGCCUCCAGAGUUGAAUUCGUUCACGAACUUCUUUAAUAAUUCUCACAACGUCACCGUACCUGAUCCCAAUAUGACUAACGCUCAUAAGUUGGGGAUGUCUUUUUUUGAUCAUUCCUUCAUUCACAAUAACACGAUUAAUAAUCACAUGCCGAUUAUUAUUCCCACUUUUCAGCCAAAUUAGUUUGUUUCUAACAAAGUGACGGUUAUAUUUGCGGAGGAACUACGACCGCUAGUUGCGAAUAUUUGACAAGUGUAAAUUUGUAUUAUUUGUGUAUUAUAUAAUCAAUAAAACAAAAAUAUUCACGUAUUUUUGUACUGUUGAGAGAAAAUUGACGGAGAAAACGAGGCGCGAAGGUACGUCAAAAAUAAAACUAACCUGGACUUAAAAGUGACCUUUCAAAAAAAUUGUUCUGUGUAAAUUAUUAGGAUAAAGGUGUUACCGGUUGUUUAAAAGAUAUUUUAUUAUUGUAGCAUACCAAAAAGUACAUUAAACAAUCGGCAACACGCGAAAGCAUAAUUUUUAUAUAUUAUAUUACGCCUCUAUACAACUAAAAACUAAUUUGUGCAAUACAUGUCCUGUUUUAUUGUUUUUUAUGUUUUUCAUUGUUAAAUUUUGGAGCGAUCUUUGUUAUGUGGUAUAUGUGAAACUAUUCCUUUUUUUGUCGUUUUAUAUUUUAUGAAUUUCAGAUUUUUGUGUUUAAUGUUGUUUUUGUGUAGUCGAAUGUAAAAUUAACGAACUAUAGUAACCAUCACAAAAAUUUGUUAAAAUGGCAGCGGAACAUUUGAAAUGUUCGAAGUUUCAAAUUUUCUUGGUGUUUAUUGGUUAUUCAGCAUAUUAUUUAUUAAUACGUGUUACCCAUUCGGUUUUGUGAAAACCUUUACUGAAGUUUUUUGUUUCGCAAGAAUAUUUGUUGUUUGUUUUUUAAAUGUUUCCAUUUGGAAAGCAUUUUCAAAUACGGAACCAAAACGUUUUGUUAAUUACCUUUUCUUCAAUGUACUUGAAUUAUCUAGUGUUUUUCUAAUAUUAAAAAGAAAAUGCGUAUAAUAU